GUGGUAUUUUAUUUAUCUUGUUGUGAAGCACUUUGUUUUGAUAAGUGCUCAAUAAAUAAAGUUUUAUAAUAAUAAUUUGUAUUUAUUUAUUUUGAAGCCAAUAUCGCACAACAUCCGGGUUCAUUCAGUUUUUCUUGACGCAGCGCUCUCGCGUUCACAAACCACACUCCUGUCCUUUGGCACAUCUGUGUUACACAUGGUCCACGGGUUCUAACCAUCAUUUUAGCACAAAAAUAUUAAUUAUAGUAUAAAAGAGCAUCUUUUAUACUCUAAUAUUGUGCCAGGUUUGAACACAGUUUGUUUUAGAUGUACAUUUAGCAAAUUAAGAAUACCUGGAGGAAAACAAUAGUUUUCAAUUAAUCAAAGAAACGUAAAAAUAAUAAAAACAAAACAAUUCUCUUGUUACCUGACAACAGAAAUGGUGCAUUUUAAAUUUCUGAAAUUUAACUCACUGUAUUUAACCAUCUAGUGUGUUCUUAAAGUAAAAAUUGUGUUAUAAUAGGCUAUUGCACCUAAUUACAAUGAAAAAUGGAUAAAGUGGAAAUAUGAACUGCAUUUAAUGCAACAUUUUACAGUGUAUGAAGGACAAAAUGCCCUAAAGCUCUUCUUGAUUUCACACAUGGGUGUGCAUUUAGAUUUCUGUCUUUUAUUAAUUUAGUUCCUUUAUUUUGUGUUUGUAUAUUUAAGCAUGAAUGUAUUCUGAAAUGUUCUACAGCCUGCUGGUGUUGACAGUAGACUACACCAGGGCAGGUAUUAUACCCACUUAUCCACCCCCAUCAACUAUUUCAUUCAACAAAAGAACGAAAGUGAAAAACGAUAAGGGGGAAAGACGUUGGUUUCUAGUUCCAUCAGUCGACUACAAAACAGUUCAAAUCUAGUGAAUGUCCCAUAUUUUUUUUGUCUUCAGGACUGUGCCUUGAGUUGCUUGAGGGAUGUUUCGAUAAGUAUUAUAAUACCAUGGGAUCAUUGAUGAUGCACAUGUUCCGUGUGGCUGCUGUCGGUGCAGCAUUAAGUAGUGCUGCCCCUGUUUCAGAUAGCCUUGUGGUUUUGAUCCAGUCCCCUGUUGCAGUGCACCACGGCCACAAAACCACGUUACCAUGCUGGCUCAAUCCACCACAAAGUGCAGAGGGUCUGGAGGUACGCUGGUACCGUCCUGAUCACUUUGAUUCCCCGAUCAUGCUUUACCGGGCAAAAAAGGUUGAGGAUUCAUCCCAGGAAGCUUUGUACGUGGGCCGAGUCUCGUUUGGUUUAAAGGAUGCAGCGUCUGGCGGGCUGACGGCAGGUGAUGUGAGCCUGGAGCUGGUAAAUGUCACACUUAAGGACGCAGGAGAUUACAUUUGUUAUGUCAGCAGUGAUCAGGGUUAUGACAGUGCAAGCGUCAGUCUCGUCGUGACAGAAACGGGAUCCCCUCUGCUUCUGUCAGCUGCGUGGAAAGAAGAUAACAUGUGGAAUGUGAGCUGUGAGUCUGGAGGCUGGUAUCCAGAGCCUAGUCUGCGCUGGUCGGACCAAAAGCAGAUUCUGACCACGAGAAACCUGAAGUACAGCAAAGGCUCAUCUGGUCUUCUGUCAGUCCACAGCUGGCUUCUUGUCUCCAGCUCCUCUGAGGUUUCCUGCUCAGUCGGCCUCUCUGGUGAAGAGGAAAAGGAGGCAAGAGUGUGCCUGGAAAACCCUCCUCAACCUGAGUCUGGAUCCUCAGCGGCUGGAUGGGUGGCCUUCGCUCUACUCCUCAUAGCCAUGUUAGCUGUACUUGGAGUGCUGUACUUCAAAAAGAGAGGGAAGAAAACCAAAUCAGGAAGUGACCAAGCUGACGAGAAUCAGAAACUUUUACCAGAAGGAAUGAACAAACCAACAGAUCUAUCAACAGCUAGGAAGUAUUAUGUAAAUGUUAAACUUGACAAGGUGGAUAAUGCUUAUCUCACAAUCAAGGAUGAUAAACUGAGAGAUGCCAACCGUAACGAUUUUCCUGAUGGACAAAAGGUUACCUGUCUCACAGCUAUCAAAGGAACACCUGGCUUCUCUUCUGGACAACACUACUGGGAGGUUUCUAUGGGGAAUACCAAUACAGACUUCAAACAGUCCUGGUGGGUAGGAGUUACAAGUGAAACUGUCUUCCCUCAGGAGCAGGAUUUUUCUCCAACUACAUCUAAUGGUUUCUGGUUCCUGUCCUCUUCCCCUGACAGAGCAGACAGCUUUCAGUUGAGCACAGAACCAAAAGUUUUCCUGCCUGUCUUUUCCAGGCCGCAGACAGUUGGUGUGUAUUUUGAUCAUGACAGUGGAGAGCUUUCCUUUUAUAAUGUGGAAGAUAAGCGUCUCAUUGGCAGUUUAACAGCUACAAUCACAGGAGAAGUCUUUCCACUUUUCAAUCCUGGUAAAGGUGACAGGGCAGUUAUGGAGAUAUUACAGGAGAUAGAACAGGGUCAGUCUUGUGGACAGUGUAGGGAAACUGUAGAUUCACCAGCAAUAGAGACUGAAUCUUAAUAUAAUCAGUAACGUGCUGUAAGAAAGCAAGAUGAAAGCACUCCGAAUCUGUUUUAUAUUUCAGCCCUGUGCACAUACCCUGCGUUGAAGGGAAAACGAGGAUACAAAAACUUAAUUGAACAAGUUAAGUGUUGUUUUUACUUUAUGGUUUUAUUUAGUUCAGUUCAUGUAGUUUUAUCUGUUGAGUGACUGAAAUGGGUGACCACCCAACAUUUGUAAAUAAGUCAUGAGUCAAGUCUGAAAUAUUGAUAGUCAUACUAACUCAAACUCCAAACCAAUUCUGCACUGGAUAAAAUAAUAGGAGGAUUUACACUAAAUCCACAGAACCAAUUUUGUGAAGCUCAUAAUGAUUGGUUUUUGUGUUAAAGCUGUAAGAUGUGACAGCUCAGCUCGAUGAUCAAAUGUGAGUUUAUAGUGUGUGACGUUUAGUAAAUAUACCAUUAAACAAAUAGUUUGACAUUUUGGGAAAUACACUUACUUGCUUUCUUGCCGAGAGUCAGAUGAGACAAUUGAUACCACUCUCACAUUUGUGUGCUAAAUUUAGCUUAGCUUAGCACAAAGACUGCAAAUGGGGAAACAACUAUGGUAUCAAUCUUCUGAUUUAACCCUCCGUAAAAAACACCCCAAAUAGGCGUAUUUCCCCAAACUACUGCUUCAAGUGUCUGUUAGUUGGGCAUGAUAGCCUAAUGGUUAAGACGCAUACCAUAUAUUGUGUUUGCAAUGUCUAUGGUUUGAUUGCAGUCAAGAACCUUUGUUGCACCUGAGUAGGAAUACGAAAUGUGAACAUAAAACCCUCUCUCUUCUUAAAUUGCUUUGUGGGUUCCAUGUGAAAUUUAGAAUCAAGAUCCUUCUCACUGUACAGUGUACACUACGAAGUUCUCAGUGGCAUCAUAUUCUAACACACUUGAUGAUUAUGAGCUUUCCAGGUCACUCAGGUUGUCUGGUACCAUUUGACUUGCCUAAUGCAGAACAGUGUCAACCCCUCUCUCAGUUGAGAGAGGGGUUGUUUUAAGCCUGCCAACUUAUCUUAAGCAUGCUCCUUCAGUAUUUUUGAAAAGCAAACCACCUUGUGAGAUAUAUAUAUUUCUAGCUGUUGUGUCACUAUGUUAUAUCCCAAAGUCACAGGUUUUAUUGUCCUCUCUCCUCUUAUGUAUCAUUGAAUUACCUAGGUGUGAAAUGGCUGACAUACUUAUUGUAUCAACUAUUUAGAAACUGACAAAAGGGAAGAAUAACCCAACUCUGGUACUACCACUGAUUACAGGUGCAGUUACAAUGAAUGUAUCUAGAAUGAGGCAGCUUUACUUUCAAGCUGAGUUGAUGGGCUGUAUUCAAGUGUCAGUUCACCUUGUUUUGUUGUACAGAAUGGCUUUACUAUUUUUUUCAUCCUGUUUUCUAGUCAUUGCAGAUUUUAAAAUGUAAAAUAAUUUCAUAUUACGUGUGUGUUUUGUAACUGUCGGCUUUUUGAAUAAACUCAAUCAUAUAUGG